GUUUGUUUCUCUUUGCUAGAAAUUGGUUGAAAUGGGAAAUGUCGAAGAUGGUUCCGAGAAAUGUCGGUUAAUGCAAAGCCGAAUUGAUGCCACAUGGACAGGUUUAAUGAAGGGCUCCAGAAUAUACCGGAAAAAUUCUCUUCAAAAGCAUGUGAGUGUGCCAAUGUGGAUAGAUUAUUGGGCUGACUUUUAUGAAGCUGCAAAAGCAAAGGGUGACUGGCCAUCCUCAUCUUUGUCCGGUAACGUUGACUAUCAAUGGCACUCGGAGUUUGUCAGCUUAAUAUUCGAUGCCAUGGACCUUAAUGGUGAUGGUGUUAUUGACAAAGAUGAAUAUUCAGCUUUUAUGAAAGCUUUUGCAUACAAUGGAGAAGGCGAUCCCGUGAAAAAUUUCACAAUCUUGUGUCAGAAAAAUGGAGACAAACUGGACCGAAGUUAUUUCGCUGACCUGUGGUACCAAUACUUGAUGUCUGACACAUUAGAAGACAGUCCAGGGAAUUAUUUAUUUGGCAGCUCAUUCAGCUGAAUUAGGGACCUGAUUGAGGAACCCUAUAAUGAACAGAGACAAAAUCAAUUAAAACUAUCAUUUACUUUUUACAAACACUUUUAUGUUUAUCAUUAUUAAUAUUAUUAUUAUUAUUAUAACAGUUCAGUAGUUUUAUUUUCAUUGCAUGCUCACACUGCAUUACUGAGAUCAAAUUUGUAAUACUUGACUAGACACAAUGUUUUGCUUUUCUGUUUUCUGUUGUACCAAUUGCAUAUAAUAAGUGUGCAGUGAUUAAGUAGUUCUGUUUUCUCUAUGUUAUGUGCAUAUUUGUAAAUUUAAGGACUUUUGGUUAUGUAUUUGUCUGCACUUCUUUUUGAUUAUUCUCAAGGCACCUGUUGCUAUUAUUAUUAUUAUUAUUAUUAUUAUUAUUAUUAUUAUUAAAAUAAUGCCUUUUCUGAUAGUAUUCUUUAAAAUCAUGGCCAAACAUCUAUCAUUCCCAGAGAUGUAUUCUUGGUUAAAAACUACGUAAGCCAGAAAGAAUGUAAUUAAUUGUUUCUUCUCUUAUCUUCACAUAUUCUACAGUUACUUAAGCAGUCUGCGUUAUGCAUGCUUUUGGGAGUUUCUGAUGGGAAGGCUUUGAUCCUGAAUCACAAUCAAAACUAAUUCAGUCUUGGCUUUGAGCUCUGUGCAUCACAGCAAGGAUUUUGACUUUUUUGGUCUAUCUGUACCCUUUUCAUUUAUUUUUUUCCCACUUUCGGCAGUCACAUUUUCCUUACCAUCACUUUAUCAUUAUAUUCUGCUGUGCCAUUUAAGGUUAAUGUUUAUUUUUCUCACAAAAACCAUUGCUGAUUCUCUUAACAACUGCCUUCAAUUUUGUAUAUUUUUUUCUGUUUUGCUUUGCUUUGCUUUGCUUAUAUAUUUUUUAGCUCUUUUUAUUUGUUUUCCUUUAUUCUGCACUAGAUAUUUUUGUAGUCCUGCAGUAGAUAUUUAAUAUUUUUCUAGUUGCAUAUGGUACUCACCUCUAUGUAUUUGUGGUAAAGAUAAUCUUUCUGGCUUAUUCUAAAUGCAGUCAUUAUUGUCCUUGUUUAGUCUUUCUUGUUUAAAAUUCGAUUCAGAACUUUAUAAAUAUAUCUUAUUAUUGGGACAAUUAGAGAAUUAACGUCCGUUACUUUAGUUUUUGCAUUUUUUUUAAUGAACUUUCACAUUUGUCUCAAUACUGUGUUGCUUUGAACAGUCUUAUCCUGGGUGAUUCCUUUGUUGUCCUUGUUCAUCUCCAGAAUUCUUCUGUUCUGUUUGCCAUUUGUUAAGCAUUCAUUUCUAUUUCAUUUUUACCAAGUUCUUUGAACAAACCAAACACUUCAAUUCCAACCCAAGCUUUGGGUUGGAACCAAAGAAUCUUUAUAACUUCUCAUAUUCAUAGUUUCUUUAAAAUCUAGUUAUGUCAAAGCGGCGAGCUGGCAGAACUGUUAGCACGCCAGGCGAAAUGCUUAGCAGUAUUUCGUCUGUCUUUACGUUCUGAGUUCAAAUUACGCCGAGGUCGACUUUGCCUUUGAUCUUUUUGGGAUCGAUAAAUUAAGUACCAGUUGCGUACUGGAGUUGAUCUAAUCGACUGGCUCAUUCUCCCAAAAUUUUGGGCCUUGUGCCUAGAGUAAAAAAAAAAAAAAGAAAAAAAA